AUGGUUCACGUGUGGUGCUAUCUCAGCGCGUUCGCCGCGGCGACGGUCGUCUCGGGGUCGGUCACUUGCACGCGGGAUUCGUCGAUGAUGAACGCGCUCAACAACUGGUGCAUGUGUCGGCCGUGCCAUCUCUGCGAGUUUUCGUUGCGCAAGGGGUGCCAGCCGCUGCCACUCCAGGCCACGACGACGUCGAACGGGUCCGAGAUCGCACCGACGCAGCCAAUUUUAGACUCGAACGCUUGGUUUUUGACCGAGGACGAGCUCACCAAGAGCCGUGGCGGCGUCGUGCGGUCGUCGCUCACGCCGUCCACAUCCGGGAACCGUGUCCGUGUCUUCCCCGAUACGAGCGCGGCGUUCGAGUCGAUGCACACGGACGUCUUGUCGGCAUCGUCGGCGUACUUUACGGGCUGGUCGGUCAACGACAUUCCGUACAUCCCGCAGAUCGACCCGUCCGCAACGUUCAAGACAACGUGGGGCAAGGCCAUCGAAGCCAACAAGCUCAAGGCGCACGGCCUUGUGUGGUCCAACCUCAUCGACUUGGCCCAGGUCACCGACAUUUUUGCGUGGAUGAACUCGCAUCCGUUGACCAACACGUCGUCGGUGCAGCUCAUGACCGACAACCGGAUUCCCGGGCCGUCCGGGUCGCUCCAUCAAAAGAGCUUGAUCGUCACGCGCGGCACCGAGCUCGCGGCGUACGUCGGCGGUCUCGACCAAGCGCUCGAUCGCUGGGACACCAAGCACCACAACGUCUCGAGCCUUCGCGCGUCGGCCAAGAUCCAAGUCGACUUUAACGGCUGGGUCGAUGUCCACGCGCGCGUCAAUGGCCCAGCGUCGACCGAUAUUCUCGGCAAUUUUUUGGACCGAUGGAACGACCCAGACCACCCGGGGUCGCCGCUGGGCAAGCCGUUUGUGUCGCCCCCGGCGCCGCUCCAGUCGUCGUGGAACGUACCUCAGAAAGAGAUCGCCGCCGACGCCGUCUUGAGCGCCGUCGACGUCGAUACCAGUGUCGCGCAACACGUGGCCACUUGCUGA